AUGAUACACCACUGCCAUCUGGAUACCCGAAACAAUACUGAUAUCGAUCUAAAACUAGCGGAGGUUAAGAAGAAUCAAGCCAAAAUCAUCCUUCUCUAUGCGAAUGCAGCACAAGCCGGAGCUAUUUUUGCACACGCUGAAAAGCACGAUAUGAUCGGUGAGAAGUAUUUAUGGAUAGGAACUCAAUCGGUGAAGGGAACACAGACUACAGUGAAGGCACCGGCGCAAGCUGGAAUGUUGUGUGUCAAUUUUCACACAGUAUCCAACGCAAUGUUCGCUCCAAGAGAUGACAUCCUUCCACUCAUAAUUCAACUCGCCCCGAAACUAUUCGGAGCCGCCCUUCUACAACUUCGCCCCAACGAACAGUUCCCACUGAAAUCGAAUGUUUCCUGCAAAAGUGAAGAUGGGGAUCCGUAUUGGGAGAAUGGGAAAUAUAUUUAUGAACACAUGAAAGCGGCAUUUGUCAAGGGGAAUCCAUUCCACGUGGAUGAUGGCCACGAUUCCUUCUUCUACACUUUCGAAAAAACCGGGCGGCUGAGGAACUCAAUCCUCCAAAUUUCCAACUUGAGAACCAAUUCGAAAGGAGAAAAAACAUGGGAAAAAGUUGGAAUCUUUACGAAUAACGAGUUGAAAAUGGCAGAUGUUCAAUGGCCGGGAGAGAAGGCAAAUCCACCACAGGGAGCCGCUGAUAAGUUCCAUGUGAAGGUGGUGACACUCCAUGAGCCACCGUUUAUUACCGUGUCUGAUGUGGAUCCGGACACGCAGAAGUGUCCGGGGAAUCAGGGUUCAAUAUGCGAUUGGGGAGAUGUCGAGUACACGGAUGAUGCUGGGAUUAAGAAAAACCGAACGCUCCUCAAAUGUUGCUCUGGUUACUGUGUAGAUCUUCUGAACAAGUUGGCAAAUGACAUUGGAUUCACCUACACUUUAUACAAAGUUCGCGAUGAGAAAUGGGGUUUGAAGACUGAGAACGGAUGGAAUGGGCUGAUUGCAGAUCUGAUGCAUAACAAGGCUGAUAUGUGUGUCACUUCGUUGAAGCUAAACUCUGAACGUGCUCGAGACAUUGACUUCUCUCUUCCUUUCCUCGACACGGGGAUCUCUAUCAUUGUGAAAAUCCGAAGCGGAGUCCUCUCCCCAACUGCUUUCCUGGAACCUUUCGAAUACUCCACAUGGGUGAUCAUUCUUUUCGUCUGUAUCCACGUGGCAGCUAUAUCAAUUUUCAUCUUCGAAUGGGUCUCUCCGUACUCCUUCAACAUGCAAAAGUACCCACCGCCCGAGCACAAAUUCUCACUUUUUCGAUCUUACUGGCUGGUAUGGGCGACUCUUUUCAGUGCUAGUGUUUCGACAGACGUCCCAAAGUCUACCGUAUCCAGAUUGAUGGCGCUGGUGUGGGCGGCGUUUGGGCUCACAUUUCUCGCUGUCUACACUGCGAAUCUCGCGGCUUUUAUGAUUACAAGAGUGCAAUAUUAUGAUUUGAGUGGGAUUCAUGAUCCGAUGCUCAACUUCCCACAAGACCAAAAGCCACCAUUUCGAUUCGGAACUGUCGAUGGUGGGAACACUCACGAAACGAUGAAACGGAAUUGGCAUAAAAUGCACGAAUACGUGAAACACAACAAAUUCUUCCGAAUGAACAUCUCCUCUGGUAUUGACGCCGUGAAGAAUGAAGAACUCGACGCUUUCAUCUAUGACGCUGUUGUUCUUGAUUACUGGGCUGGAAAAGAUGCGAAUUGUGCGUUGAUGACAGUUGGGAAAUGGGCGAGUAUGACGGGUUAUGGUAUUGGAUUUCCGAAGAAUUCACCGCACACAUCGAUUGUGAAUCAUUAUAUGCUUCAGUAUCAGCAGAAAGGAGACUUGGAACGGCUUCAAAACUUCUGGCUAACCGGCGCCUGCACGCCUGACAGUCACAGCCAGACUCAAUCCGCACCACUUGGAAUUGAGAACUUCUUAUCGGCGUUUGUCCUUUUAGCUGGUGGAAUUAUUGUCAGUGUAAUUGUUCUUGGCUUCGAGCACAUUUACUGUAUGCAUCUCCGGAAACCACUUCAGAAAAUCGAUCCGGAUGGUUGGUGUGGCAUUAUUAGUAUGGCGAUGGGGAAGUCACUGACAUUUACGGAAGCCGUGGAUCGUGUCCAGGAGUGGAGAUCCCGGACUCAAUCACUUGCUAGCACCAACUCUCCGCAAUUGAAGAGACGGCGAUCCGCCAAUCUGAAACCAAUUGAGGAUGACGCGGCGCCGAGAAGAAGUCCUCGUUUUCUGCAAGUCGAAACAAAUCUUUAA